AUGGAUUCGAUACUGGGGCUCCUCGAUGUGGUGCUCAAGGGGCCUCCAGCGGCGGUGGCGGCAGCAGUUGCUGGUGGCAAUGCAGCCCAUGACUGCGGCCCCGUUGCUGCGCAGGUGAUGCUCGUACUGGAGAAGCUCAUUGAACGAUGCCGUGCAGUGGGCCUGAGUUUCACAACGCUCCCCGACGGCGUCGAUGAGGGCGGGCCACUAAAACCCGUCGAUGAGCCACUCGAUGCGGCGGAACAGAAGGCGAUGGAGGCUGGUGUUUUUCGCCGGCUGACGGAGCUCGUGCUACGUUUCCCCUCCCCACGCGUGGAGAUGAUGUUUGGUCGCAUCAUGAAGCGGCUCAACAAGCAGUUGCGCGCGCUUGGGGGCGGCGUGAUGCCUCCCCCCAGUGCGGGCGGGGACGAUCACACGCCGCUCUCUGACACCGUCAUACUGCACCCGCGACACGUGCACCGGUUGCAAUGGCAGCAUCUCUACCGCUAUCCUUACGCGGACGGUGUCUACGUCUGCAAUCGCUGCAGCACCGUGCAAUUUGCCGAUACUCUCGCGUUCCACUGCGAUCCAUGCCGCUUUGAUCUAUGCCCGGCGUGCAGUUUGGUGCGUCUGACGGAGAAGGAGGAGGUGCAGCGCAUGCGGCGUUGGGCCUACGCACUCGUGUCAUCCAAGGGGACAACGCAGGCGGCGCUGCGCCUACUGCAGCACCCGAACUGCACGGAUGAGAUUGCACUCCAGACGGUGGGAUACAUACGCCGCGGCAUUAAGGAGAGCGCGCGCUGUGACACGAACUUGUGCGACCACGACGCCCCAAUCGCGGUGGUGGAGCGCCUCAUUGUGGGGCUCGCAACGGAGCUCACGGCGGAGAUUCACGCACGCGUCAGGGCCUUCCGCGCCGCCUUCCCAGGUAGAGGGGCGUCCUCACACAGCGCAGAGGCAACACUCGGCGGCGCCGGCGAUGCGAUGACACGGCAUUGGUCGGCGCAGGAGGCAAGCGGUGCGCUGUUCCAUCUCAACCUGACCGGCUCCUUGUCAAAGUCACACGCACUGUUUCUGCCAUACGCGGAGACACACCGCCCUGAGCCGCGUGAGGUGUCUCUCAUGUGGCACGCGUCUCAGAUGUACCUCGCCGAGGUGGCAUCUAUUCUGCAGCGGCUGCCCAACCGUUCCUCUGUGUUGCUGCCACACGCCGUUCUGCUCUUGGUGAACGGGUUCUGCCAGUUCCACAUGGCGGAAUCAAGACGUGCGAUGUACUCCGCGAGUCUCACGAACGAAAGUCUCAGUAGCCUUGCGAUGGAGAAGACGGAGACGGAGCGUUUCAUGUUGGACACAACGCACACACCGUCGAGCGUUUCAGAUGCCGCCGAGAAUGCCAUUAGGCGUAAGGAGCAACAACAACAGAGAGGCCUGCAGCAUCCUUCAGCACCUGAAGGCGGUACGGGUGGCGGUCCGAAUGACUCUUCACGCGAUGAGCGCCCAGUACUCCCACGUGUGGUGAGGCAGUUUGUGGAGCGCAACAAAGUGACGAUCAACGCCCUCAUUCAGCACGACCCCAAACUCCUGGAGGAUAACUUUAUAUUCCUCAAGGCAGAGCCUGGUUUCAUUGACUUCAACAUACGCCUGCUGGACUUCCAGCGGCACAUCAGCUACGCCACACAGGGUCCCCGCAUCAGCCUGAGCAUCAGCCGCGAUCAGUGCCUGCGCGAUAGUUUUGCACAGCUGUCGAAGCUGAGGAGUUUCCACGGUCCACUGAAUGUGCGCUUCCGCGGUGAGGAGGGCGCCGACGCAGGUGGCCUCACGCGCGAGUGGUUCCAGCUGCUGUCGGAGGAGAUGGUGAAUGACAACUACGCCCUCUUCAUCCACUCACGCGAGGGGAUGACGUACCAGCCGAACCCUUUCUCUGAUGUGAACUCGAGCCAUCUGCUCUACUUCAAGUUUGCCGGCACCGUUGUCGGCAUGGCAGUCGCGCACGGCGUGCCGAUUGACGUGCACUUCACCCGCGCGGUGUACCGCCACAUGACGGGCGUGCAGCCGAUAUUCCGCGACCUGGAGAGCGUCGACCCGGAGCUGUACGAAAACCUCAACUGGCUGCUGAAGAACGACGUGAGCGACCUUGGCCUCUUCUUCACCGUCAGCUGCGAGCGGUUCGGCGAGGUGCAGGAGUCGGAGCUCGUGCCGAACGGCGCCCACACCGCGGUGACGAACGCGAACAAGUCGCAGUACGUGCGGCUUCGCUGCGAGUUCCACAUGACGCGGCAGAUCGAGCAGCAGAUGGAGGAUUUCCUCAAGGGCUUCUACACCGUCAUCCCGCGCAAGGAGAUCCGCAACUUCACGGCACAGGAGCUGGAGCUUGUUAUUUGCGGCAUGCCCGACAUUGACGUGGAGGACCUGCGCGUGCACACGGUGUAUGAGGGCUUCACCGCCACGUCGCCGCAGAUACGCUGGUUCUGGGAGGUGGUCGCGUCCAUGACGAAGGAGGACCGCGCAAACCUGCUGCAGUUCUCCACGGGCGCGUCGAAGGUGCCGCACGGCGGCUUCAGCAACCUCGAGUCGGCGAGCGGCGCCGCCCAGCGCUUCACCAUCACGAAGUGGGAGGACAGCGCCGACCUGCUGCCACAGGCACACACAUGCUUCAACAAGAUCGACCUCCCCGAGUACCCAAAUUGCGACGAGCUGCGCAAGAAGCUGAUGCUCGCCAUCACAUUCGGCAGCAGGGGAUUUUCCAUGCUGUGA